UGUGCCGAACCUACAGCUGUCCCACAAAACUGCUUGUGCACGUGCUGCGUUCGCCAAAAGGGCACAAAACUGCCGCGGUGGCACAAAUCUUUGCUGCGGGAGCCGUGACCUCUCUGGAACCGCUCCAUCCAUGCCCCGUACCGCUCUGCCCAGGCUGCCAGCAGGAAUGAUGUCUCGGCAGUGCCCGGUGAAUACAGCCGUGGGUAGGAGUUUCUGCAUCAAAAGGAGAUGCACACUUUACACAGGGUGUAAUUAAGCUGUAAACCUCCUUGCCACAGGAUUUUGUGGGUCCGGAUUUUUACAUUUGUCUGAAAAGCGAAGAAAUUCACAUGAAAAAGAACCACCAAGGGGAAUUAAACACAAAGAUACCGGGAAAUCCUUGAGCAGAGGCUAACCGGAGGCUGGGAGCGUAAUGGGGAAGCACUGCUCUCGUGUUUGCUUAUCCUUACCGCUUGUUGCUGCACGUCUGCUAUUAGCCGCUGUUAGCAACACGAUAUUCAUCUUUUCUUUUAAAUGAACCCGUACUGACGGCAUCCCUCGUGAGCUCUGGAAAGAGCUGGCUUCAGUCCUCUGCUCCGCCGCAUGCUUUCUGUGUAACCUCAUUUUCCUUCCUUCAGGGGAAAACAGAAAUCGGCGCGUUUCCCACACUGACAGGGUUGAAACGGCUUGCGUUAGGCUUGGGAAGUGCUUAGAAAUGCGGGGGGUGUGUGUGUGUGUUGGUGUCCGGCGUUGCCGUGGAGCCGGGCUCUGUUGACAGACUUGGACUCGGACUCGUGGUGGCCAGGGUGCCAUGGGCCCGCGGCGGGUGCCGGUGGCUCUGACGGUGGUGGGACUGCUCCGGGACCCGGCUUUCCACGUGGCCAAGUGCACGGCAGAGGCUCUGAAGCUGAAAUUUCCAAGGAAGUUUGCAGAUCCUGUAAUACAGCCUUUAGCAGAAUUUGCAUGGUGUGAAUAUUUACAGGAGAAAAAGAAGGAACUGAGAGGUGAGGUGUGGGCUUAUGCCUCCUCGGUGAUGUGCUUCAUUGACGGCCAGCUGCUGGGGGACGAGAAGGAGCUACUCGAGUGGUCUUACCACGAGUGGGACUAUGGUGACUUCAAGCCCGAGGCACUUUACCAAGCGAUUGCUGAGGAUUUCUACGUCAAACAUCUGAAAAACAGCCAGCAUGUGUUCGUGUACCUGGAGAUAGCCAUUGAGGAACAGCCCGUCGGGAGGCUGCUGUUUGAGCUCUUUUCAGACGCGUGUCCCAGGACCUGUGAGAAUUUCCGUGCCCUGUGUGCCGGAGGAGCAAAGUCUCCCCGCGACGGCCGAGAGCUCACCUACAAAAACUCCCUUUUUCAUCGCCUCGUGAAAAAUGGGUGGAUCCAAGGAGGAGACAUCAUAACUGGAAAGGGAGAUGGAGGAGAGUCAGUUUAUGGCCCCACCUUUGAAGAUGAAAGCUUCUCCAUCCGUCACAAGGGAAGAGGGGUCCUUGGGAUGGCCAACAAGGGCCGCCACAGCAACGCCUCGCAGUUCUACAUCACCCUCCAGCCAGCUCCCUACCUGGACAAAAAAUACGUGGCUUUCGGGCAACUGAUCGAGGGCACGGAGGUCCUCCAGAGACUGGAAGUUGUACCUACCUAUAACGAAAGGCCUACGGUAGCCUGCAAGAUUAUUAACUGUGGGACCUUUGAGCCAUGAUCGCCAGCUGGUUUUCCUGCCUGCUGUAAGGUAGAGCACUAUUUUCCACUCAGCUUUUUACAGACCUUGAUGGCUUUUACUUAAGGCAAAAAUAAAAGCGCUACUGGCACAUGUGAA